GCCUUCAGUCCAAUAUCCUCAGUAACAACACUGAGUUGCUACUGAACGCUACCAUGGUAGCGAAAACUCCAGCAGACGCAUGUCAGCCGAUGUGCGCCUCCAUCGAGUAUGACAGUGGCAAGACGCUAAUGGCACAGGGAUCACAAGCACUCCACGACCACGUCGCCUACCGCAUGGAGAAGGCACUAGGCGGAACACUACCACAGAUGGAGGUGCGUUUCAAGAACGUCUCCAUCUCUGUUGAUGUCGUCGUCAAGGACGAGACCGACAUUAAGGUCGAGCUACCCACGCUCAGCAACGAACUCUUGAAGAGCGUCCGGGGUUUGUGCGCCAAGAAGCACACCAUCAAGAAGCAGAUCCUCAAGAACGUCAGCGGAAUCUUCAAGCCAGGCACCAUCAAUCUCGUGCUGGGUCAACCCGGAUCUGGCAAGUCCUCGCUCAUGAAGCUACUAAGCGGCAGGUUCCCAGACCACAAGAAUAUCACAAUUGAGGGCGAGGUCACGUACAACGGCACGCCGGUCAACGAGUUGCUUCGGCGUCUGCCACAGUUCGUCUCCUACGUCACUCAGCGAGACAAGCACUAUCCUUCAUUGACGGUCAAGGAGACGCUUGAGUUCGCGCACGCCUGUUGUGGUGGAGGCUUCUCGGAGCGUGACGCUCAACAUUUUGUUAACGGUACACCCGAGGAGAACAAGGAUGCACUAGAUGCUGCUAGAUCCAUGUCCAAGCACCACCCAGACAUCGUCAUCCAGCAACUCGGACUCGACAACUGUGAAAGCACCAUCGUCGGCGAUGCCAUGACCCGCGGUGUGUCUGGAGGAGAGCGUAAGCGCGUGACCACAGGCGAGAUGGAGUUCGGCAACAAGUACGUCAUGAUGAUGGACGAGAUCAGCACGGGUCUCGACAGUGCUGCCACCUUCGACAUAAUCGCCACGCAACGCAGUCUCGCCAAGAAGUUCCGUAAGACUGUAGUGAUAUCGUUGUUGCAGCCGUCGCCUGAGGUGUUCGAGCUGUUCGACAAUGUGGUGAUUCUGAACGAGGGCUACGUAAUGUACCAUGGUCCGCGUGCUGAGGCGUCAGGUUACUUCGAGGGUCUGGGCUUCAAGUGUCCUCCGCACCGUGACGUGGCUGACUUCCUGCUGGACUUGGGUACCGACAAGCAGGCGCAGUAUGAGGUUAACUCAAUACGAUCCAGCAGCAUUCCACGCUCGGCCAGUCAGUACGCCGACCUGUUCGCACGCUCCACAAUCAACGGGCGCAUGAUGGAAGAUCUCCGCGACCCGGUCCAUCCAAGCCUUAUUAAAGACAAGGUCAAGCACAUGGACCCGAUCCCCGAAUUCCACCAAAACUUCUGGAACAGCACUAUCACUGUAGUGCAGCGACAAAUCACGCUCACCACGCGCGACAGAGCGUUUCUCGUAGGUCGCUCGGCCAUGAUCAUCUUGAUGGGUUUGCUGUACUCGAGUGUAUUCUACCAGAUCGACGAGGCUAACGCGCAGCUAAUGAUGGGUAUAAUCGUCAACGCUGUUAUGUUCGUAUCGCUUGGACAACAGGCGCAAAUCCCAAUCUUCAUGGCGGCUCGCGAGGUGUUUUACAAACAGCGUCGAGCCAAUUUCUUCCGUACCGCGUCUUUUGUGCUCUCCAACUCGGUGAGUCAGAUACCAUUGGGUCUUGCGGAGAGCUUGAUCUUUGGCUCCAUCGUCUACUGGAUGUGUGGCUAUGUGCCAACGGUUGAAGCCUUUCUCUUCUUCGAGUUGACCAUGUUCCUGACGAAUUUGGCCAUGACCUCGUGGUUUUUCUUCUUAUCGUGCGCUUCACCGAACCUGAAUGUGGCCUACCCAGUGUCGGUGGUUUCCAUUCUCUUCUUCGUCGUGUUCGCCGGCUUCGUCAUUACCAAGGACCAAAUUCCAGACUACCUCAUCUGGAUCUAUUGGAUUAACCCCAUGGCCUGGGGAGUUCGAGCGCUUGCCGUGAAUCAGUACACCGAUGCUAGGUUCGACACGUGUGUGUUCAAGAACGUCGACUACUGCGCCAACUACAAUAUGACUAUGGGGGAGUAUUCUUUAAGAACGUUUGAAGUGCCGACCGAGAAGUUCUGGUUGUGGUACGGCAUGGUCUUCACGGCGGCAGCGUACGUCUUCUUCAUGUUCCUGUCGUACAUUUCGCUGGAGUAUCAUCGCUUUGAGAGCUACGAGAAUAUCACGCUCGACUCGGAAGAUAAGGACGGAGCUUCGGAUGGCUACAGUCUAAUUCAUACGCCUCGUGGGUCACCCACUGAUGAUGAAAAAGUGGUGUCUCUACUUCCUGUGAGGGAGAAGCAUUUUGUGCCGGUCACGGUCGCGUUCAAAGAUCUCUGGUACACUGUGUCCGACCCAGCCAACCCAAAGGAAUCCAUCAACUUGCUUAAGGGUAUCAGCGGGUACGCUCUACCCGGUACCAUUACGGCGCUAAUGGGAUCCUCAGGGGCCGGCAAGACCACACUCAUGGACGUCAUCGCCGGACGCAAGACUGAUGGCAAGAUCACCGGUCAGAUUCUGCUCAAUGGACACCAAGCUACUGACCUUGCCAUCCGUCGAUCCACAGGCUACUGCGAGCAGAUGGACAUCCACUCCGAGUCGUCUACUUUCCGCGAAGCUCUCACGUUCAGUGCGUUCCUGCGUCAAGGAGCCAACGUUCCCGACAGCUUCAAGUUUGACUCUGUCAGCGAGUGUUUGGACUUGUUGGACCUGCACGCGAUCGCCGACCAGAUCAUCCGCGGCAGCUCCGUGGAACAGAUGAAGCGCUUGACCAUUGGCGUGGAGCUGGCGGCGCAACCGAGUGUCUUGUUCUUGGAUGAACCGACGAGCAGUCUGGAUGCACGUUCUGCCAAGCUCAUCAUGGAUGGUGUGCGCAAGGUGGCUAACACGGGCCGGACGGUGCUGUGUACGAUCCACCAGCCGUCGACAGAGGUGUUUAGCUUAUUCGACAGUCUGUUGCUGCUGAAACGUGGUGGUGAGACGGUGUUUGCCGGCGAACUCGGCCAGAACGCGAGUGACAUGAUCGCGUACUUUGAAUCGAUCGAUGGGGUGGCGAAGUUGGAGGACAACUACAACCCGGCGACGUGGAUGUUGGAGGUGAUCGGUGCCGGUGUGGGCAACACGAACGGUGACACGACCGACUUCGUGGAAAUCUUCCAGUCGAGCAAGCAUUUCGAGCUUCUCCAGGCAAACCUAGACCGUGAAGGCAUAUCACGUCCGUCGCCGUUGAUGUCCGCUUUGGAGUUCAGUGAGAAGCGCGCUGCGUCGGAGCUGACUCAAGCCAAGUUCCUGAUUCAGCGCUUCUUCAAUAUGUACUGGCGCACUGCAUCAUACAACUUGACUCGCUUCUUCCUGGCACUUACGCUCGAGUACACGUCGUACGCCGGUAUCAACUCGGGUAUGGGCAUGCUGUACUGCACGACUGGGUUCUUUGGCUUCAUCACUUUCAGCAGCGUGAUGCCGAUGACAUCGCAGGAUCGUCUAGUGUUCUACCGCGAGCGAGCUGCUCAGACGUACAAUGCGCUCUGGUACUUCGUGGGUUCGACGGUGGUGGAGAUCCCGUACGUCUUCUUCAGCACGAUGUUGCUUUUGGCGCCGUAUUAUCCAAUGGCCGGGUUCACAGGAGCGACUACAUUCUUCACAUAUUGGUUUCACCUCUCCCUGCACGUGCUGUGGCAUGCGUAUUUCGGGCAACUUAUGUCGUACCUUGCGCCAACUGUCGAAGUCGCUACGAUUUUUGGUACGCUGAUUCAAAUGAUCUUCUUCCUGUUUAUUGGCUUCAACCCUCCUGGGGGCUCAAUCCCUCGAGGUUACAAGUGGUUAUUCCACAUUACGCCGCACAAGUACUCGUUGGCUUUGGUCGCAUCACUGGCCUUUGGUGACUGCCCAAGUGACGGCGAUGGAUCGGAGAUUGGGUGCCACGUCAUGACUGGGUUGCCACCCUCCCUCCCCGAGAAUAUGACAGUGAAAGGCUAUAUUGGGGACGUUUUCGCAAUGAAGCACAGUGAGAUCUGGAAAAACUUCGGCUUCGUAUUAGGGUUCAUCGUGGUGUAUCGCUUGCUCGCGUUGUUUGCUUUGCGUUUCGUUAACCAUCAAAAGAAGUAAGUGUGUGUAAUACAGGGAUUCCGGAAAAAAUACAAUGGAGUCGUACUGAUCGUCAAACCAUGAAAUCAGAAACGGAUUGGUCUAUUGACAGGAAAUAAAAGCUGGAAUGAGUGCAAAAAUACUGCAAAUUUUACAAAACGCGUAGCUUCGGUUAAACAAUUUUGAACCAUUAUAUAAUGCACUAUAUACUUACGAUAUACA